UCUUUAAGACUGCCUCUCUCUCUCUCUCUACACACACAAAUACACACACACAUAUAUAUGUUAGCAUAUUGUCUUGCAUGCACUUGAGUUGUUGGUGAUGAUGGCUAAUAUUCAAGGAGUAGGUAAUAAUAGUAGUGUGUUGAGGGAAUAUAGAAGAGGGAACUGGACAGUGCAGGAGACAAUGGUUCUGAUAGAGGCAAAGAAGAUGGAUGAUGAGAGAAGAAUGAAGAGACCAGCUGGUGUAUGUGGGGAUAGUAGUGAUCCCCAAGGGAUGAUGAGGAUUAGCAAACCUACAGAGCUAAGAUGGAAAUGGAUUGAAGAUUUUUGCUGGAGAAAUGGGUGUUUCAGAAGUCAGAACCAGUGCAAUGACAAGUGGGAUAAUCUUAUGAGAGAUUUCAAGAAAGUCAGAGAUUAUGAGAGAAGAUUAUUAGUUGUUUAUCAGAAAGCUGGAGAAGGAGAUCAUGAUUGUAAAAUGAAUGAAAGCAGUAGUUAUUGGAAGAUUGAAAGGAGUGAGAGGAAAGAGAGGAACUUGCCUUCCAAUAUGUUGCCUCAGAUAUAUGAAGCUUUGGUAGAGGUUGUGGAGAGGAAAGGAGGAGGAGGAGUACAGAGGGUAGUAGGUAGUGGUGGUGGUGGAUCUAUUUCCAAUACCAACACCAGCAGGGCCGGCUAUGUCAUGGAGGGACCCACCAUCAGUACUGUUCAGCCUUCAUUCCCGCCUCUAUUGCAACACACCAUCUCAACUCCAGUUGCAUUAUUACCACUCCCUCCACCGCUACAACCACCACCACCACCACCAUCACAACCACAUCCCAUCUCAUAUUCUCAGCCACUGCCCACAGUAAAUACUGAUACAAGUGAGUAUUCAGACUCACCAUCAGCAAAGAGGAGGAGGAGGAGGAGGAGGAGGAGAGGAGAGGGAAGCAGUGGGACUGCAGCAAGCGGCAGCACAAUAUCGAAUGAAGUGAGCUCUGCAAUCUCUAGAAGUGCAACCAUUAUAGCAGAAGCAAUUCAGGCCUGUGAGGAGAGAGAAGAAAGAAGGCACAAGGACCUAUUGAGUUUGCAUGAGAGAAGACUACAGAUUGAGGAGUCUAAGACUGAGAUCAACAGACAAGGUAUUAAUGGCCUGGUUGAUGCUGUUAACAAGCUUGCCAAUUCAAUCUUUACUUUGGCCACCCACAAAGUUGAACAAUCUGAUCCUCCACAAUGAUCCAUCCAUCUCAUUUGAUUCUCAACUAUUUAUAUAUAUAUUUAUUUAUAUAUAAAAUCUGAAAUUGAUGAUAGAUAGAGA